AUGGCUGCUGUCGCACCACUCACUUCCGUCAGUAACGGUGCAUACGACCCGGAGACUGAGCACCACCCGGAACACGGCCCUCCUCGCUUCACAGCUGUCAACGGGAAGGAGACGGUUCCGCAUAGCUCAGCAAUUCCAAAUGCAGCCGCGACUGCCACACAUGGUAGUAAAGACGAACAAAGCGAAACAGUGGACGGCAAUCGGAACCCUAACGGCUAUCACCAUUCAUCGACAAGACUGGAACAGCGCCCAGUAGACGGCUUGCAUUCAACCUUGGAACUAGAAGAUAGCCACUCUCCACGGUCGUCAUCUCUCUCAUACACUGGAGCGAACAAGAACAAACGAAAGCGAUCAGAGUCUAUUGAGCGCCAGUUAUCGCAUCAAGAACCUGCUCAGGAUCAUGCUGUUCGUCGGUCAGAAGGUGAUAUUGAAGGUCUUACACAAUUAGGUGGAAACGAAGUGAACACGACUCACACAGCUUAUGAACACCCCAGCCAGCCACCUGCGGAUUACACUCGCGCAGAAGUCACAGAAGAAAAUCGUCUCUCAGAGACUAAUGGAUCGUGGCAAGACUACGAUUCGCACUUGGUUAGCCAGGCCCAAAAGGCUCAGAAUAUGGAUACGUCAGAUGUUCAGCUGGCAGAAGCAUUGCAAAGAGAGGCUCAUGAUACCGAUUCAGUUGAGCAAAGAACAUGGGGUACGAGUCGCCUUUCAGGCUCCUCGGAAAUUGACCAGCAAGCAUUUCCUCCAUACUCAGAUAAACAACAGUCCGCCGUCCAAGUAGGCCCAAAAAGAAAGCGAGUCUUCAGUAACCGGACAAAGACUGGAUGCAUGACUUGUCGGAGGAGGAAAAAAAAGUGCGAUGAACAACAUCCAGCAUGUAACAACUGCAUCCGAGGUGGAUUUGUUUGCGAGGGUUACUCAUCCCGAAGCACAUGGCAAAAGCCAUCCGGCACGAAAGGUCCGAUUCCUUUACAGUCGAAAGAGGGCUAUCCUGAGGCGACCAACAAUCAUUUCAUACAGGAUGUCAACGCUACGCGUCAUGAUCGUGCUUCGGUAGCCGUACAGCAGGCUGAAUUGAAUAAGGUUAGAUCGAUCGUGGAGGAUCACGAUCGUACUGCCAGUCAAUACAUAAGCAGUCCUACCAGCGUUGGACCUGCUCGGAGUUCUUGGUCGAAACGGAGCUGGCCAGGCGCCGCGCAUCCGUCAUAUUUGACAGAGCACAUGACCAAAUCCGACUACCGGGAAGUCCCAUCAAUUCACGAAUUAUCUCGCGAAGGACAAUCCAAGGCAGACUAUCAUGUCGUCCCUUCCAUCAGAGAACUAUCUCAGCAAGGUUCUCAUCCCAAACCAGGGAUGCCUAUCUUUCAAGGCGCUGUAGAUCAACGCCCAUCGCAUGUGAAUUCCAUGGACACGAGCAGCCCUCAAACACAAGCUCGCAUGGCUCUCAGUAUUGAGCACCAGUUAUCUGCGCGCCCUAGCGCUGGCGAAGAUACUGAAAGAGAUAAGAUGGUUCAUGGAGAUCUCUAUCGCCCAUUCGAUAUCCAGUUGGUUGAAGAUAGAGACCGAUGCAAAGCAGCCCUAUGGAGAUUCAACAACGCCUGCAAUCCUCAGUCCGGAGUCAGUUCUAAAGAACAGAACCGUUUGCUUAGAGAGGUCAUUAUUCCUCCUGUACCUGCUUCGCCAUCUGCUUCGCCCGCUGCACGACCUGCAGGGUCAAUUGGCCAGGGGGCAGUCGUUGAGGCCCCUUUUCGCUGCCAUUAUGGUUUCAACAUCCACGUUGGUGAAGAUGUGAUGAUCUCAGAAAACUGCUCACUUGUGGAUGACUGCCCCAUCAAUAUUGGUGCACACACAUGGAUAGGCCCAAAUGUUACGAUUCUAAGUUCGAUGGCACAUGCCAACAUGCAAGAACGUAAAGGGUCGCAGAGCCGUUAUCAAGGCCGCUCAGUGACGAUCGAAGAAGAUUGCUAUGUCGGUGCUAACUGUACUAUAUAUCCCGGAGUACGACUUAGGCGCGGUGCCUACGUUGCUCCAGGCGAGGUAGUGAAGACUGACAUUGUUGCAUAUGGAUUUCAAGGGCUAAAACCCAGCUACAUGUGA